UUUAUUAUCGUACAUACUAUAUUCCUACAUAUUUUUUAUGUACCGUCAUAGUUUUUGGUCUUUUUGAUUUUGAAUUAAGAUUCAACACUGGCAGCCCAACAGUUCCAACGGAGGAAUUACUUAACCGCCUUUGGAAACUACUGUUGGGAACUAAAAGUCGUUGAGGCCAUAACUCUGAAAACGACAGUCAUAAUUAAUACUUAAAUUAAUUCAACCAGCACAUACUCGAAAUCGCGUCAAGAUGCAUAUCGAGGUUAGCGUAGCGUUGAACUUUGUGAUCUCGUACCUGUACAACAAAUUACCCAGACGACGAGUGAAUAUAUUCGGCGAAGAGCUGGAAAAAUGUCUGACUGAGAAAUUCGCUGGACACUGGUACCCGGAGAAACCGUACCGCGGCUCGGCGUACCGGUGCAUCAAAACGGGAUCUCCGAUCGACCCGGUGUUCGAGAAGGCGUCCCGCGAGAGCGGCGUGGCCAUACAGGACAUCCUGGAGAACUUGCCACAGGAUCUGGCCGUGUGGGUGGACCCCGGCGAAGUCAGUUACCGCAUCGGCGAGAAGGGUGCCGUGAAGAUCUUGUACAACGAGAACAGCGGUGGCCUACAGUUCGACACACACGACGACCGGACCGCCGACCGAGAGGUCAUCAAAACCUUCAACCCCGAAGCGCAGUGUUUCCGGCCUAUCGAUUCAGUAGCGUCCAGCUUGAGUUCUCUGAGCAUUUCGCCACCGGACAAGUGUUCGGUCGGUUCGCCAACGCUYGGCAGCGGUUCCAACAACUCGUCACCGACGCAUCAUAACCAYCUCCAUCACCACCACCAACAACUACAACAACAACACCAUCCUCACCAACAGCAACAACAAUUAAUACAGCUACAACAGUCACAGCACAACCAGCUGUUGUUCGGCAAGCCGUGUGGCGGAAGCAGCAGCAGCAGCAGUAGCAGCAGCAGUAGCAGCAGCAGCAGUAGCAGCAGCAGCAGCACUGCAAGCAACGGCAACAGUCAGCAAUCGCCGCAGCAACAGCAGCAACAGCAGCCGCGGAGCCCGAACGGUGCAGGUCCUGCGGUCGCGGCUGGCGCUUACGUGCCGUGCCGACAGCCAUCGGUUCCGUUGACGUUUACAACCGCCUCGUUCGCGCAGACCAAGUUCGGCAGCACCAAACUCAAGUCCAACAACAAGCGAGCUAACAGGUUUCUGAUGACUGAUGUUAUGGAAAAGAUGUCGCCGACAGAGUUCGCCAACUACAUCAAGCAGMGGGCGGCCAUGCAGCAGCAACAAAUUGUGGUCGGCUGUGGUGCGGGUGUCCUGCAACAACAGCAGCAACGUCCGGUGUCGCCGGUGCAGCAACACCACCGUGGCGGCCAGAACGGCGACGUCGCGUCCAACUACUUCUUCCAGCAGCAACAGUACAACAACAAUCACCAAGGCGGCGGUGCCGGUUACCAAAGGCUGCGGCAGUCCAAUGGAGGCGGUUAUCACCGGAACAGCGGCAAUAUUGCCACUGCGGAUUACGCACCACCGCAAUUGCAGUUUGCCAACGGCGGCGGUAGCGGUUGGCAGAGCUUCGGCGGAGAUUUCGGGCCACAGCACUUUGGCGGUUCGCCCAUGGGCCCGCUGUCGCCGGCCAAUUAUGGUACGGGGCAACAGAUGCAGUCCACCGUAACUCCGAUGCAUCAGCAACAGCAACAACAGCAACAGCAGCAAAAGAUGCAGGACAACUACAACGCCAUGGGAUUGGGAUCGUCGACGUCGUCAUCGUAUAGGUCCAGUCCUUUCCAACAUUUGUUGGUGGCCAACUGAUUUCUGCCAGCCUGGCCGAUAAKAGACGGUUAAGAGCGCCCCUAUCACCACCAAACCCACUCCCCUUGUACCGAAAAUUUGAGGCCCAUCCACCGUCUUGACCUAGUUAUAAACGGUAGAAGACCGACCCACCCCAUCCCCUCCAUCCGCCCACCUUGUUAUCAUUAUUAUUAUUUUUAUAUAAUACCCUCUUUUAAUACAUUACAUAUUAUAUACAUAGAUAAGUAAACCCCCUGGCGCGCCUUCCCCUUCUCCGCCUUUAAAGGUAAAUAAUGAAUGUUAUUUACAUUACAUUUUUAGGCAUAGGUACAUACGUUAUUAUUAUAUUAUAUAUUAUUUCCGUUUUUCCAAUUCCCGUAUUUUAAUAGCAGUGAGCUUGUCUCAUUCACCUGUCAACAUCAUUUUAAAACUAUAUWAUAUACAUAUACUACUGUUACCCAUUGGCUUCUAAAACUAUAGUAAAUUAUCUCUAUUGACAUCAUUUCAAAUAUUAUAUCGAUAUAGGCAAUAUUAGGCCAAUGCUCGAAAACUACUACAACUACUUUAUAAUAUAAUCUACCAUUUGAGCAGACACUUAAUAAAAAAAAAUGUUUAUUCUCUUUGGAAAAAUAAAA